UGGUGAAGGUCCGCACAAAUGGACACAAACACAAACCGACCAUGAAGAUCCAGCUGCUACAUUGACAGAAGCGCAUGGCCACUAAAAGAAGGAAGGAGAUAACCAAGGCCAACCCUCCAGAGCUGAAGCCUUUUCCCUUCAACUGUGCUAAGCACUGUGAGUCACCCAUGGUCUCUUUAAAGGACAGUGAUGAGAGAAGUCAAGCAAGCAGAAUAAACUUCCUGCACAUACAUAACAUGCCGGAUCACAAGAAGAUUUCAUCACUGUGAUCUCUCCAAAUGAUUCUCUGCAGAGAUUGCUUGUCUAUUUCACAAUGACCCUGAUGAAGGCCACAAGCUGACACAUGGUGUUCUGCAUACUCCCAAGUGUUGCUGGAGUUUUACCUCUUCAGAAUUUUCCCCUCAUCCAUGCAUGUUGGAAGUAGAAGAAGUGGUCACAGUGCUAUGCAGCAGCCGUAAAGGACGACUACCAUGAAAGCCAGAGCUUGUGUAAGAAAGGAGUGUGGUGCCAUCUUCCUGUUUCUGGCUAUGACUGUCCUUAUCUAUUUGCUAUACAACAUGGAAAUUCUGGAGAUUCCACAAGGAGGUGGUUGGGGACAACUCAGACAUACAAUGUGCGGGACCUUGACACCAGAUCCUUCGGCUCGCAUCCAGACUCCUGUCUUCCAUUUAGGCAACAAAAGCCCUUUGGUUAAGUUUCACCAAAAAGUGAACACCACUGUCAUCAUCCCGAGAGUUUCCACUGACCUCAACAAGAGUCACAGCUUCUGCACCUUCCAGCCACUCUCCACUGAGGAUGCUGUGGAGGAAAGCCUCCUACUAGACUCCAUUGCUUGGCCUGAAACUCCACCUUUGCCAUCUCCCGUUUCCCUGGAGCAGACCAGUGAUCCAGCUCACAGCACCUUCACCAUUCUCCCAAGGAGGGGAGGAGGACAGUGGCAAGUAGGGGAUCAGCUGGAGGUUAUGAUAAAAAUUUCUGACCUCCAGAGUUGUCCCAAGAAGUAUGGGGGGGACUUCUUACUCGCCCGGCUGCACAACCUGAAGCUUGGUGCAGGAGUAGCUGGGCAUGUGGUGGAUCAUCUCAAUGGGAGCUACUCUGCUGUAUUCUCUUUACCCUGGGAAGGAGACGCACAGGUUGAGGUAACGCUGGUUCACUCUAGUGAGGCUAUCACAGUGCUGCGCAGGCUGACCAGAGAACAUCCUGACAGGAUUAACUUCAGGAGCCUCUUCCGCUCAGGGUCACUCUCUGAAAGUAGCAUCUGUAAUGUCUGCCUACGUCCAACCCAGCAGCCGCUGUGCAACUACACUGACCUCCGUACAGGCGAGCCUUGGUUCUGCUACAAGCCAAAGGCGUUGAGCUGCAAUGCCAGGAUCGACCAUGCCAUGGGAGAACACAAACAACACUUGAAGGAAAAAGAGGAGAAGCUCUUUCAAAGUGGCGUCAACACGAAAGUCUUCAUUUGGGCCUCAGGGCCUGCCACUGUCACUGUGUUGCCAAAAAAGGAAGGUCAGCCAGAGGUGAAGAGCAGCAAUGUGACAUCUGGACCCUGUGGCUAUUACUAUCAAGAUGUAUGGCGAGCACUAGGAAGCACCGCAGUUCACCAAUUCAACACCUCUGCCAUCAGUCAGUGUCUGAAAGGCAAGGUGGUCCACAUGUAUGGAGACUCCACCGUCAGGCAGUUUUUUGAAUACCUCACCAAAACUCUACCAGAUCUUAAGGAGUUCGACCUGCACAGCCCGCAGAAAGCGGGACCUUACAUGGCCUUGGACUAUGCAAACAACAUCUUCGUAAAAUACCGCUUCCACGGUCCUCCUAUCCGUAUUGUCACUGUCCCCACCAGGGAGCUUCGUUACAUUGCCAAUGAACUAGAUGACAUAACUGGAGGCACCAAUACUGUUGUACUUUUUUGUGUCUGGGCUCACUUUGGCACUUUCCCCAUGGAGAUCUACAUCCGGCGGCUGCAGAGCAUCCGCAGGGCGGUGGUGCGACUGCUGGACAGGGCUCCAGGCACAGUGGUCAUCAUCCGGACAGGAAAUCCCAAAGAUUUGCCACUUCUUGUGUCACUAUCAAACAGCGACUGGCACUCGCUGCAGUGUAACAAGGUGCUCAGACUCAUGUUCAAAGGACUGAAUGUUCAUCUGAUUGACGCUUGGGAGAUGGUCUUGGCCCACCACCUGCCACAUAACCUCCACCCACCACCUUCUGUUAUUAAGAAUAUGAUUAAUGUUAUCUUGUCCUAUAUAUGCCCUCAGAAGGGUGGUUAGUUGUGUAUUUGUUGCAGUAGAAGAGUGGGGAUUAAAGCUUAUACUGAGUUGCCAUGUUA